AUGGUUCAGCUGUCGUACAGUACAGAAGUGUGUCUAACAGUGUGUGUGAUAAGUGUAUUCCUAAUGUCGACAACCUCAUCGAUUCACGUACCAAAAUCUGGUGUUUUGAAGAUGUGUCCCCCCGGCGGUGAGACAUUCACAGGUGCUUGGCAGAUUACGUGCGGUAUGAGGAAGAAACGCGAUAUUGCCUCAGCGAAACAAGGUUUUCUUGCUGUUUUUUGUCCUCAAUUCAUUUAUCACAUCUCCUUGAUUGAGAAUCCCUCGACGAUAGUGGUUUCCGUAAGUUUCAGCUUUACCGAGCGAAGGCAAUUAGAAGUUUGCAGAUAA